AUGUACAUGCGAGUGGAGUCACGCACCGGCUCCUGCCUCCAUCUGAAGAGGGCUCCAGGCAUCAGGUCCUGGUCUUUGCUUGUUGGAAUCUUGUCGAUUGGUCUGGCUGCCGCGUACUACAGUGGAGAUAGUCUGGGCUGGAAGCUCUUCUAUGUCACGGGCUGCCUGUUUGUGGCCGUGCAGAACCUGGAGGACUGGGAGGAAGCUGUUUUCAACAAGAGCACUGGGCAGGUGGUUCUGAAGACAUUCAGCUUGUACAGGAAGCUGCUGACUCUUUUCAGAACUGGCCACGACCAAGUGGUGGUCCUGCUGAAUGACAUCCGGGAUGUGAAUGUGGAGGAGGAGAAAGUCCGGUAUUUUGGGAAAGGCUACGUGGUGGUGCUGCGGUUUGCGACAGGCUUCUCCCACCCCCUCACCCAGAGUGCUGUCAUGGGCCACCGCAGUGACGUGGAAGCCAUCGCCAAGCUUAUUGCCACCUUCCUGGAACUGCACCGCCUGGAGAGUCCUGUGGAGCUGUCUCAGAGCAGUGACAGUGAGGCUGAUGGCCCGGGGAGCCAGAGCUAAUGCCCACAGAACCCCUGGCCUUGGUUCUGGUGGCAUCCUGGUAGGCCUGAUGGGCCGCUGGCAAGUCUUCCUCCGGUGCCUUGGUGUGUCUCUGGCAGCGCCAGGGUGGGACCUUCAGCCAUUCCUGCUGCUUGCUUCCGCCCUCUGAGCAAAACCACAGGCUGACCUUCUCUGCAGGCCUCAGAGCUGCCUCCUCCUGGCAUCAGAUGGCUGGCCCCAGCCUGGGUGGUGUGGGUGGGGCGUGAGGGCACAGGUACCCCACUGCCCACCAGCUGUGUGGGGAUCAGGUCUCUGAAAUGGGAGGGAUGCCCAGGCUCCCCGGGGCGGG